ACACCUGGCGGGACGUGCUACACAACGUUUGCUGCAAUUCACUUACACCGGGUCUAUCUUUCCAAACUGUCUUAUUCUUCCACUCUUUCGCUUCGCCCGCAAACUCGUGCUGAUAUGGCGAUUCUUCCUAUGACCUCGCCAGCUUAUCCCAGCCAUAAUUUACCAGGGACGUCUAUGUCAGUAUCGAGUAGAGUGCCUGUUAUAUUUCGACGUUUGCAUAGAUUCCAGCAAAUGGACUUUGAACUGGCUUUCUGGCAACUAUCAUAUCUGUGUCUAGCCCCGAAGAGAGUUUAUCGCAACGUGUAUUAUCACAAACAAACGAAAAACACCUGGGCAAGGGAUGACCCUGCGAUUCUCAUCCUUCUGUUCGCCUGCCUUUUUGUCUCCGCCGUUGCCUGGUCAGUCGUAUACAGGAGCUCACCGCCCGAAGCAAUAAAGCUGGCCUUGGUGAUGAUAAUACGAGAUUACCUUUUUGUUGGUGCAAUUGUCGCCACGAUAAUAUGGCUGUUUUCUAAUCGUGUUUUACUUUCGCCCUCUUCUCAUACGGCUACUGCGGAUUCUGGUGUCGAGUGGGCCUAUGCAUUUGAUGUCCACACGAAUGCUUUUUUCCCUCUUUAUCUUACACUCUAUCUCGCACAGCUAUUUCUGCUGCCUGUCGUCCUGAAGGAUAACUGGGUCUGCCUUUGGGUGGGCAACACUCUAUAUCUAGCCGGCUUUGGCCAGUAUAUUUAUGGGAUAUAUCUGGGAUUGAAUGCUCUGCCGUUUCUCAUCCGAACUGAGAUUUUACUGGCGCCUCUUCUCCCGCUUUUCACAAGUUAUAUAGUGUCGCUAUUGGGAUUUAAUGUUGCGAAGCAUGUAUUACACGCAUAUUUUGGGUCGUGAUUAAUCAGUCGUGCUUUCAUAUGUACCUUUUGUAUCAUACGUCCCGUGCGGUGGCUUCUUCCCCAACAUGCUUUACGACA